AUGCCGUGGAAAAUUAGCACGGCUGGCGUUAUCGUUUGCCGACUGAGGCGUCAGCGUCUGGCCAACAGAACAGCAUGGGUGCCCUCGAUUACCGAAAGUACGUACAGUAAAGCGAGAGAGGAAUGGAUCAUGAAUGACCGACCACACCGACAAGAGCCCGGUCCAUCUCGUAGAAUAUUCUUUGGAAAAAUGGAAGGUCGGGAUCUGGUUCUAGAGCCAAGCUCGGACUACAGAUUGAUCAUUGGCGAAAUGCAAUAG